AUGGGUUUUAAUGGAGGGGUAGGGUGAGCUUAGGCUAAGAUAGUUUGGGGCAAGGAAGGGGAGGCUAGGGUAUGGUAGGGUAAGGUAGGUUAGGGUAUAGUAAAGUCAAGUAGGGUGGGAUAAAGUGUACUAGGGCGGGGUAAAGCUGAGUAGGGUGGGUAGGGUUGUAAAAUACGGAAACCAACUUUGAAUUCAAAGAAUUGACAAAGUAGUCUUACAAAAAAAUAUUGUUUUUAUGCUGUCUUUUCAAUAUUUUUUUGUUUCGCUUCUUCCAGGCUUUUAGUGGUUUUAACCAAAUUUGUUGGCACGGCUUUCCAGAAUUUGGUCCACUAUCUACGUCAUUUUAAUCGCAAUUAUUUUCCGUACAGUUAAUUUUUCAGUACCGUACUGCCUCAAAAAUUAAAAAUUUGGAAAAAUAUACAUUAAGGGCUCAGAAUUAAGUGAACGGCUUAAUAUGUACCACGUUGUCCAAAUAUGGAUAUUUAGACAAAUGUGUUAGUUCUCAUCAUUGAUUUUUUUGAGUAUUAUACUCAGUAACCGUAUCGUGUAAAUGAUUUUUCCCGCGCAAACGAUAAAAACAUCAAGUAUAAUACCCAAAACCUAAUUUAAAUCCAAUUCAAACCCCUCUCAUUUCAGUGCCAACUCAAAACUUCAUUGUAAACUCAUCGAUGGCUUGAUGGACGACAAAUCCAAAGAGCUUUGUCCUCGUCUCAUCGAUUUCCUGGUGAUUGUCGGCCGAAAACCCGACUCCAAACUUCAGAAGGCGCCGCCGAUCGGUGCGCACGUCCAUCCGAACGAUGUGCCCCAGUUGCGGCGGCGGACCGGCUUCGUCGGGGUGGCAAAUCCGGAGAUCCUGAGGCGUUAUCCCACCGAUAAUCACAAAGACUUCGCUUUGCCUACCGAUGUCACGUACUUUUGUCAGCCCGAGGGCUGUGUCACUGUUGGUGGGUUUUUGAUAUGAUUUUUGGGAUUUUAGGUAAUUUUGUGGCGAUUUCUGGUAUUUUAGGUAUUUUAUUUUGUGAUUUAUGGUAUUUUAGAUCAUUUUAUAAUGAUUUUUGGUAUUUUAGGUAAUUUUUUAAAUUUUGCACGGUGCAAGAAAUUGAAAAAUUGCACCGUGCAGUCAAAUCAAGGCUAUAUUAUCAUAGGCGGUUUUCCUAAGAUUCUAAAAAACGUAAUUUCAGCUGACAAUUAUCAGCACAACAAGCACGGCCACGAAACAACCUCCUUCAUUUUCAUGCUAACGGAAAAGGACACAUCCAAGAUACGAUAUGGCAUAACAUUGAACUUUUUCCUCCAUUUCGAACCGAAACCAACACACACAACAACUUCGGGUAAUCCAGCUAAACGGUAAGUUAUUCGACUUCAAUUUGUGAGUACUUUAUAACAUUUUAAUCUUAAAGACUUCUGCACAGUGCAAUAAAAAUUAGAGAUUUCUUGAUUUCACUGUGCAGACAGUCCGAGGACUUUUGAGUCGAUCGAAAUAAAAAAAAAGUUAAAUUGAAACAGAGUAUUUGGUUUACUUUUUCAUCAAAAACGCCUAAUUUUGUGCUAAAAACAGCAAUUAUAUUAAUCAUGAGACCUAUGUUAAAAUGCUUUCAGAAGACCAACUGCUUCGAUGACAUCGUUGUGCUUGAUCAGUCACCAUCCCUUCUUGUCGACGUUUGCUGAACUUUUGAGAUUAUUAGCUCAACUCAUCGAUGCGUGUAAUAUGCGAUGCAACUACGACGAUUCCUUGCCACGGUAAGCCAUUAUCUACUAUAAUAUAGCGAAAUUCAUUAAGUCCUUCUUUUUUAUAUAUUUUUUUUGUUUUGCAGCUCUGAAUUAUUAAUAAAAUCAUUUUACUCUGCAUUUACCCUUAAAACUGCGAAAGAAUUAAUGGACCUUUAAAAUUUUAGCAUCAAUACUCAAAAUAUAGUACUAAAAAUCCAAAAUACUGUACUACAGUUAAGAAAUUUGACAAUAUUUUUGUAGAGAUUCCCUAUGGAUGGUACUAACAGGCCACUGGACCGGUCCAAUACCUCAAAUUGUAAUGCAAGAAGUGAAACAGAUCGAAACCUGGAUUUUGCUUCUCUUAAGUUCUCCAGUACCAGUACCAGGGAAAACCAAGUUGGUAUUAGAGGUAAAAUUAUUUUAUUUUUUAGGUAAUAGCUUCUGGAAGAAGACAUGCUGCACUUGAUGGACAAUAUAAUCGUCUGAGCAUAAAAUUAUAGCAAUAUAAUGAAUAAUAUUGAACUAAACUAAACCUUUUUGCUUUUGUAACACAAUAUAAGUCGAAUAAAACCCCAAUAUUCAUAUAGACGCUUAAAAAGAUUUAUAUUAUUGCAUAGACAACAAUAAUAUAUGUUAUAAUUUCAGAUUUUGCCAGAAGAAGUGAUGAAAAUGCAAGAAUUCGGCCUUCCAGACUAUACCAGGUUCACAAUGGUCGACUUUCCACUACAUUUGCCAUUGGAACUGCUCAGCACUGAUACUGUCAUCACGUUAUUGACAGCUGUCAUGUUGGAACAUAAAGUAAGGUCAAACACUUUGUUUUCUAAAAUUUAGGCUUCUUUAAAGAACGUUAGAUGAUCUGUACGAUGCGAUUUUUGCUUAUAACCAUAAAACGCAUCGUCAAAAAAUUUUCCUAGAACUUUUGAAACAACAAAAAAUUUAAAAAAAUGAUGAAUAUUGUCUUCUCAAACUCGCAAUACCAAUUUUGGCUAUUACGACCGGAUAUUACGAUCAUUUUCCGACCUAACAUAACAUAAGAUACCUAAAAAUCAAAAAUAAUAUGGAAUUCUUACCUUAACUUCAGGUCGUGUUACAAUCUCGCAAUUACAAUGCAGUAAGCAUGUGUGUACUAUCGCUGGUCGCGUUACUCUACCCAUUGGAGUACAUGUUUCCGGUCAUUCCGUUGUUGCCAACGUUUCUGCAAAAUGCUGAACAGGUAAAUGGGCUAAAACAAUAUAAUUUAAAAAAAGGUAAAAUAAAAAAGUUUUUUCGAUCUUUUUUAUUAAAAAGGUAUUGUUAUCAGCAUGUAAGGCCGAAUAUUGUAAAGGAAAACAAUAUUUUGCCCGAAUUUUGUAAAAAACAAGAAUUUGAGACAAGACUUUCCUUUUCAUUGAUAAAUUACGGGUCAUGUUUUCCUUUUUUGACAAAAUAUUGUUUUAGUACGUUUUGGCUGUAAAGCUCACAAUAACUUGUAGCUCACAAUGUAAAACAGUAAAAAUAGUUAAAAAUAUUAUAAUUGAUUAUUCUUCAGAUUCUUCUGGCCCCAACUCCCUUUAUAAUUGGCGUUCCGGCUUCGUUUUUUCUAUGCAAAGGCAUCAAACUGCCUGAAGAUGUUAUCCUUGUCGACUUGGACACGAACGAAGUGACGAUCCCCGACGAUCUUUCUGUACCGGAUCUUCCUGAACCAGAACGGUCGAACUUAAAGCAGGAUUUCCUCGUGGCAUUGGGCAAAACAACCUCGGAAUUCAGUGAAAAUAAGAACGGAAGUUUCGAAGCGUCGUACCAAAAUGAUCCGGAUGAGAUUGAUGUUGCGUGCCGGAUUGCCAUGAUCAACUUCUUCAACAGCCCCAACAUCUUUGCCAACUUUAGCGAACAUACGCGGACUUUGAGGUUGUAUCCUCGACCGGUCGUGGCGUUGCAAACGGAAUCCUUCUUGAGAAGUCGACCAUAUCUGUCGACGUUCAUUCAGGAGCUGUGUAAGACGCAAAGUGUGGAAUACUUUGCGGAAGAGUGUCUUUGUCCAAGGAAUGAGGUGUAUGUUAGGGUUCAGAAUGGUACUACUAGUGCUAAACAAGUGGGCGACAAGUUGAAGUGGUUCGGCGAUGAGUUGAUGCCUGUUCAUUUUAAUGUAAGGUGGUUUUUGUGUAACAUAUUUAGGAUAAUUAUUUAUAAUAUUAGUAUAUUACAAUGAUUGAAGUGUCUAAAUAAUUUAAAAAAUGUUUAAAAUGACCGUUGAAAUGCUUAAUUAUCAUCUUCAGGCUUAUCCAAACAACUGCACAUUAGUUGAAGCCUUGAAUACCUGGCAUUUGGCUAGGAAUGCUCAUGGUUUAGAUGAAGAAGAAGAUCAGUUUGACUGGGAAAGUAAUGGAAUGGAUGAGUCUAUGUUAACAAUGUCUCCUUUCUCUGAACAUGCUCCCGAUUUUGGUAAAUUUUAAGUUUAUUUGAACUAUAUGCAGAUGGCUUUAAAACGUUUUUAAUGAUUUAUAAACUAUAAAAAAGGGCAUUUUAAUGUUAUUGUGGCUUUGAUAGGUAAUAUUUUACGUAUUGCUUAUAAAAAGUUUAACGGGUUGCCAGUUAAAACAAUCAUAAUAUAAUUUAUGGUAAUAUUGCACUUGGUUUGGAUAAAAAUGAUAUUACACUUGAUGUUUUUAUCAAAUUCAAAACAAACCAAAAUUAAAAGGUGUUUUUGUGAUAGGAAAUAGUCUAUCUCUAAUAUUUUAGGCUAAUAUUAUGAGUAUUUUAGAAGCCACAAAACCAGUGAGUGAAGUAAACGACGUUUAUCAAGCCCCAAACAAGCUUCAAUUGCCCCAAAGUCUCAGCCGGCUGUCAAUUGAAUCCUCGAUCAGUAGUGGACGAUCUAGUCCGGCUUCCACGAAUUCUGAAGCCGGUAACGACAGUGAAGCUGAUUUUGCAAGAUUGGCCGAGAAUUUGGCCAUAAAAUCGAAUGAAAAGGUAAGAGGGGGGGGUUCCGGUUGGGUUGCAGUAGGGUGGGGUGAGAUAUGGUACGGUACGUUAGUGUAAGGUAGGAUAGGUAUUGCAAGAUAGAGUAUAUUAGUGUACGGUAAGGCAAGACAGGAUAACGUAACUCAGUUUAGAGCAGGUAUAAGUUUAUGGUAGGAGAGGAUAGGAAUUUCUAUUUUUGGCAACUCUUUUUAAACUUAAAUUAAUCAUGAAAUUAAUUUUCAAAAGAAGUAAUUUUAUCUGAUUUAGAACGUCAAGCUGAACGUUUUGCUUCAGAAUGUGUUAGCCUACACAAAUAAGAGUUGCAUAAAUAAUUUAUAGAUAGAGUAGGAUAAGGUGCUACGUUCUUGCAAAGAUUUGUUUACUGAGUUGCAGAAUAUGCAACAUUUUAGCGUUUUUAGGUUGUUCAAAUAAUUUUGCCUCCCUCUCUUAAAGCGACUUUUUCUGCUAGGGGCGCAAAAUUAUUUGAAAAACUUAAUAGGUAACAAAGAAGAUUUUUCAAUUAAAAAAUAUGAAAAGUAGCUUUAAUGAUGGAUAACAUCGGUUUUCAGGGAGAUUUUGACUUUGACCACGUUGGAGAUAGUACUGAAAGUACUCCUGUUCAAAAUCGAAAAGCACCAUUAGGACCCUCAGUAUUAUCGAGCAAUUCCAGUACUCCGACUUCGAAAGGGCCACAGUUUAAAAUUAAAGUGAGUUAUUUUGAUUUUUUAAAAGUUUUUUGAUGAAAUGUCAAUUUUUUAUUGAUUUUUUGGGGCUUUGACGAAACGCAAAAAUAGUUAUUGAUUUUUUAUUUGUUUAGAAAGAAAAUGUCAAUUUUAUUAUCGGAUUUUUGCUUGAUUUGCCAUUUUUGAUGAUAUGUCAAACUAUUUAUGGAUUUUUUAUUAAGUUUGCGGUUUUUGGACGAAAUGUAAAUUUUAUUAUUAUUGGUUUUUUAGUUUUUGGGGUUUUGACGAAAUGCCAAAAUAUUUAUUGAUUUUAUAUUAGCUUUAAGGUUUUUGGACGAAACGUAAAUUUUAUUAUUGAUUUUUUUGGUUUUUUGGGCGAAAUAUCACAAUACUUGGACGUAUUUUACUUUUAUAUAUAACGUCUCAAUUGACGUCAUUCUAGGGCUUCCAACAAGCCUUCUCCGACUCUGGCGAAAAAGUCUUUGGCCCAAACAUCAUGAACACGCUGAAUGGCUACGCGGAGAAGAGUCACGGCAUGCUGGGGUCAUUCUUCUCCAAAACCGCGCCCAAAGCUCAUGCCUUGCGUGAAAAGACAAUGAGGCCAUUAGAGGCGGCGGCCAACAAAAUCGAACACGGCCAACAUCUAAUUCAGAACAAGCGACAGAACGUACAACAAGAUAGCAAGAAGGAGAAAGACUCCACACAGGCGGCACAGUUGCAAAUGUAGGAGUUUGAGAAAGAUUGAAAUUAACUUAAAUUUAAAAAAAGUUGGAGAAAAACGCACAGUGCAAUUACUAUACACACUUACUUAGAAAUGACCUUAUCAUACUUCAAUUUAGGAAGAACCAACAAACCAUCAGAGACAUGUGUGACCAAGUUCUAGCUGGUCAAGGCGUUGGUGUCUUUCAAAGUGCCAAACUCAAACGUCUACUAGAAGACGAAUCUCUGCGUGAAUUGGUGUGUCAAAAACUGAAUCUAGGCGUCUCUCAACGCUACACAGAAGAAGACUUUCUUCAACGGGUACAGCUGUCACGGGCACAGUACAAGGGCUACUUGAAGAUACUACAAGCUUGUCUUCAUGGACUGGAACACUCGUAUAAUAGUCCACAUUCCGAUGGGUUGGCAUCGUUAUUUCAUGUGCUGGAGAUUGCACAUACUCACUUUUGGGCUGAGAAUGAGAGUCAUACUCCUGGAAGCGGGAUUUCUAGCUUGGUACGGUUUUUGGGUUACUGUAACUUUUAAGUUUAAAAAUUUUUUGGUUUUAGUACGUUCUAAAUGACUAUUCUUUAUGGUAUUAGGGCAUACUAAAGGACUAAAUACACAAAUAUCAAAAACAGUACCAUACUAUAUAGUACGUUGUACAAUAUUCACCAACUUCUAGCUAUUACUCUACAAUAACAUUCUUUUAGAUUGGCACCCCAACCUCAUCAAUCCACACAAUUUUAAGCCCAGCUGGACCAAGUCACAAGUCUUCGCUAGCCAGUAUUCCUAAGACUGGUACCGACCCAGUACCAUUCACAACGACUGGUCCGACUCCUUUACAGCCUGGAGUCGAAACAGCUAAACAACAAAAAGAACAAGAUCUGGUUGAUUUCAAUGUUAACACACCUCAAACUAGUGAUUUGAUAUCUUUGAGUAAUGUUGAUGAUGGUACUGGUAGUCAAAAUGGAGGCAGUGCGAAUGGAACUGGAGGUCUUUUGGGUAAGAAUGGUACUUUUAUUGGCUUUGAGGACUUGUAGUAGAGGUUUUUGUACUGAUAGUCUUACUAGUAGUACUAAUGGUACUGUUUUUUUAUUAGUUAGUAGUACGAUUUUAGAUUAGUAAUAGUACUAGUAGCAUUUAUGGUACAAUUUUAAUUCAUGAAGGUACUAUUAGUACCACUUUUAACUCGGUAUCUUAAAAUAGUAUCAUUUUUGGAUUCAGUGUUUUAUAAUAGUACUAUUUUUGUAGAUAGCGCAAAUAAUGUGGUACCAUCAACUUUUAACGACCAAAACAACGAAAUGACCAGAUCAACAGAUACCGUAACAUCCGAACCUCCAAAAUCUCUAAGAAGACCCUCCGAAACACCAGCAAUACCUCCACGACGACCCUCAGACACCCGCACGUCUCCACGAAUACCACCACCAGUACCACAAAGAGGUGCAGGACCUCCACCACUACCCAAACGACCACCUCCAUUACCUGAAAGACCAGCCAGUAGUGGCUCAGUCGGGUCUGUUAGUAGUCCAAGGAAGUCGUUGACAAAUUCUGAUCCACCAGUCUUACCUCCACCAGUCCUACCUCCACCAGCUCUGGAGCCGGUUAAAGAAGUAGAAGGCAAACAUAAUGGUGAUAAGGGGAUAGAACAACGUGAUGAUAAGGCUGAUAAACAAGAAAAUAAGGUAAUAGGUAGCGUUGUAUCAGAUGCAGUAAAGGACAAAGAGGAUAAUGAUAAUUUUGGCAAAGAAGAUGGGCAAAAAGAAGAUAAAAAUGAAGAAAAACCGGCUGGAAACAUACUAAAUGGCGAUAUUAAGGUAGGUUUUGAUGGUUUUAAUGUCGUUUCUUUAGAUUUUUGUUUUAAAAAUGGCAAAAAAUAUAAUUUUAAGACUUUAUAGCAUUUCAAAAUUAAUUUUUCAUAUUGUUAUUACAUUAAAAAUGGCAAAAAAGAGCCUUUUUUAUUUCUUUGCACUGUGCAAAAAAUAAAAUUUUUUUUUGAAAUUUUAAAAUUUCAAAAUUUUUUAAAUAAAAAUUUAUGUUUUAGGUAACAAAACCAGUAGCCAAUGGGCAUGUAAAGGCAGCCGAACCAAUCGAAAAGCCAAAAUCUUUGUUUGUCGCUAAGCCAUCAACACCAUCAAGUUCAAGUAGCUCAACUCUAGAACCAACAAGGCACUUCUUGUAUCAGGAUUUGAUCUGUAAGUAGAAUUUAGUACCUUACCUUCUUUUAUCUUACUCUGCUCUAUCUACUCUACUUUACUUUAGUAACUUCACCCUGAGCUAUCCUAUCGUAUCGUGUUUUAGUUUGCUCUACCUACUAUAAUAUAACUUUUAGCCUCUUAUAACAGUUAACUGGAGAUUACUUUAUUCUUUUUUAUCUUAAUCUACUCUAUCUUACUUUAACUUACCUUACCUACUAUAACAUCACUUUCAGCCGCAUCCAACGGCCUCUGGGCCAACAUGGUAUUCUGGGAGAACGCCUUCUUCGACAUGGUUGCCAAAGAACGCGAUAUCAUUGGAAUGGAUCAAGAACCAAGCGAAAUGAUUGACCGCUACUCAUCUCUCAACGAUUCAGAACGAAAACGACUCGAACUAGAUGAAGAUCGUAUCAUAGCAGUACUACUACACAACAUGACUGCCUAUAUGGUUAUGUGUGGAAGUCCAACGCGGGUACUACAACAAAAAGUACGACGAAUGUUGGGUAAAGCCCAUAUCGGGUUGAUUUAUUCGAAAAAGAUCAAUCAAUUACUGGACGAAUUGCCUUCACAACCAAGUAAUCUGAUUCAACUGAAGCCACUGGGGUCGAGAUUGGUACAAAAACAAAGCUUUGCUGUUCAUGUUGGAGAUAGUGCUGAAGCACCGGUUUCUUUCAUGGAGGUGGGUUCAGAUUUUGAGAUGAACAAGUGGGAAAAAAAGUCGAAUUUUAGUGAAAAAUUGAUUGUUGAAACUACUUUUUUUUAAAAGUUUUUGUCUUUUUUUUAAUAAUUGGCGUUGAAGCUCUUGUAAAGCAUAGUAAGAUGUAUAAGAUGUAAAAUUGUCAUGUUUAUCGCAUUAGUUUUGAUCGAGUUAUAUAGGUUUGAAACAAACAAAAACCCUAAAAAUUUUGAAUUUUUUGGUAUGAGCUAGAUAAUUUCAUUAUAUUUCUGUUUUCGAAUUUUUUUUCUUAAAUUCAAACAAAAAAUAUAGAAAAGCAUAGUCUGUUGUAUGUGUUUCAAAUGUUUUGUGUUGAUAUUAUGAUUUACGACGAAGUUAUGUCGAUUUGAAAAUGGCGAGAAACCAAAAAAGUUCGAUUUUUUCCGAUAAAUUUGAGGUUUUGUGAUUUUAAAAGGCUGUAACUUUCUUAAUAAACGGCAGAUUUUAAUCAACCUUUGGGAAAACAUAGUUUAUUUUAUGAUUUAUGUUACACAUGCUUUGAAUAUUAAAAAUAUUUUAUUGAUUUUUGCAAAAUUGGUUAGAGAUAGGUAUAGUCUUACUUUUUUUCGAAAAGAACGAGGAUUUACGAGUUUUGAGCUUUUUUUAAUUUUAUUUUGUGUAUGUCAAUAUUUUAGGUACUUUUUGACUUUUUGUAACAUAUUUUUGAAUUUUUCAAUCUUCAAUAUAUUUACAUUUUAUUAGUAUUGUUUUAAAAAUUUAGGUAUGCGACGACGCAGUGAUAAUCCGAGCCUGUAAUGGUCAAAUCACGGAACGGUGGUGGUACGAACGACUAGUCAAUAUGACAUAUUCACCUCGAACCAGGGUCUUGUGCAUCUGGAGGCGACAAGACGAUCAAGUUCAUAUGCACAAGUUCCACACCAAAAAGUGUCGUCAGCUGUAUACUUGUAUGAAAACGGCAAUGGAAAAGGCUGCUCAAAGGGGAAAGGUGGGUAAUGUUAAUAUGGGUAUAGACCUGGGUAAUAUAAAUCAUUUCUGAUAGUUUAUAUUGUUGGUAAAUGUUGUGCAUAUAUGGGGUUCAUGGUAAAAUACGUUCUCUUCUUUGUUUAAUUUGGUAGAUUGUUCAAAAAGCCAUGAGCUAUGACUGAUAGCAAAUUUAAAAAAAUCAGUUUGAACAACCUAAUACCUUUCUAAUUCAGUACAAUAGGUUUUGAAAAAAUGUUUAAAAUUAUAUUGUUAUAGGUAACGAUAGCAGGCAGAGAUCUCGGCGGAGAGUUUCCAGUGCAUGAUAUCGAAACAAGUGAAGGCGGUCUACUACAAGUUCGCAUUGAUGGUGUGAAACUUCUUUUUGCUGAUCGACAAGUAAGUUUUUGAUGUUUUAGGGUGGGGUAGGAUAGUGACGGCUCUGGUACGAUAAGGUAGGACAGAGUAAGGAUAGAUAUAGUCGGGUAGUGAGCUACAGUAUGGUAUGGUAGAUUAGAGUAGGGCAUGGUUAGGAAGGAUAGAGUGGGUAGGGUAGGGUAGAGCAGAGCAGAGUUGAGUAGCGGAUGACAGUAACUUAAGGUAGAAUAGAACGAUAAGUUCUACUACAAGUCUUAUAAGGUGAUGUGUCUAAUAUCUUGAUGCUUUAGGAUUUCAUCAGCUUGUCAAGUAUAAAAAAGUGCAACACUUUUGGUGGAAACAUGUUCGUCUUAGAAGAAUACAGUACGUUUACUAUUUUUUUUGCUUAUCUGGAACUAUUUUAACAUUACUGUAUUGUCUUUACCGUACAGUAAAUUUUACUAGUCUUUACAUGAUAUACCAAAGUUUUUAAUUAAAAUGGCUUAUAGUAUAAUACUAUAAUAAACGGUGACAUUUAAACUUUAGACAAACAGCGAAACCAGCUGAUACAACGACGUUAUAUCUCAACCAUGGUAAGUCCGUUUUUUUACUAGUGUAUGCUAACAUUCUAUUUUGCUUUUAUACUGUGUGGUGGGUGUUGUAAACGUGUUGUUUGUUAUUGUAAUGGUGUGGGCAUUUGGGUAGGAUUGAUUUUUUCUCAAAAAGGUUGUUUUUGACCAAAAAUCUUGAAUUUUUUAACUUUAUUUAAUGAUUAGUUGGGAGAUUGGUUAUGGCGAAUAUGAAAAAAUAGGUUUUAGGUAGGGUGUAGUAACGAAAGAGGUAUUAUGAGGUCUAUAAGGAAGUACGAAAAGGGGUUUAUAAGGGUUUGCCGUGUCACUUUCUGGCUAUUUACUCUACUUUUGGGCUGGCUAUGAUAACUUAAUUGAUAAAAGCUGAUAAAAUCGCUUUGAAAUUUUACUUUUUACGGUUUGAAAAUGAUUUUUUUGAAUUAAAAAUUUUAAAAAUUCGAAAUUUUUUUUUUCAUUUGAAAAAAAUUGAAAUUCGAAGGAAUUUUUUUUUGAAAUUUUUGAUUUUUUAAAAAUUUUUAAAAAUUUUGAUAAGUUCAGAAACUUGUUUCAAGCUGUACAGUGUUGGCUAAACACCAAUAUAACCGUUGAUUGAGUACGACUGUAUAUUUCCGCCUAUCUUUCGGUGUUUUCCUUUGAUCUUUUUUGGUUGAAUUAAUCUGUUCACUAUGUUUUUGGGGGUGACUUUUUACAAUUCUUCAAACUUCUCUCACUUUUUUACCCUUAUAUAGUACGGCCGAAGUUUCGCGCGCAGUAAAAGUUUAGGUAUUUUUGUAUUGUAAAGUUGUUUUAGCUGAAUCGUAGACAUCUUAUCGGUUUUAGCAUGAUCAUUGUAUUAGAUUAUUCACAUAAUUAUGUGCCUUUCUGAAAGCAGGUUUGCGAGAUUAGGGGCACAAAAUUAUGUGAAUCAAACAUUUUGAAAACCUAUAAAAUGAGUUUUAAAGCUUUUUUUGGUAUAUUCACGGCUAUUUCUAGUCUUUUGAGGUCUGUUUUGGUAUGUUUAAGCCAAUGUAUUGUAUGUAUAAGGAGGUUCUUGAUAUCUUGAAGAUAUUAUCUUAUAGUAUAAUGGCAUUCUUAGUCCCUGAAAGUUAUUUAUCUUAUGGUAUAAGGUCAAAGUUGGUCUAAAUAUCGAAAAAUAUUGCUUUAUAAUUAAAUUUUCUAAACUUUUUUUUGAUUUUUUUAAGAAUUUUUUGCACGGUAAAGGCUGAAGUUAGUAAAAAAAAGUAAUUAUGGCCGGCUCAAACACUCUUGUCUUGAUUCUUAUUCUAGUCUUAAUGCUUAAUAACUACCCAAAAAUUCGUUUUAAAAUUCUAAAAUCGCCAUAGAAUUUGCUUUAAAACUAAAAAAACCGCAACAAAUUGCUUCAAGAUUUAAAACCCGCGCUAAAACCCGAUUCUAAAUCUCGAAAGCGGCGCCAAAACCCGCUUCCCAACUGCCUUGGUGAACAGGUUGAUUCGUUGACAAUAAAAAAACUAAGUGUUGGCCCCAAUUUUAGGCCCGUCAUGUCGCGUGGGCCUUGCAUCGUAUGUUCAGUGUGCGACUCACCCUGAACGAGACGUUGGCGCGAACGUUGGCUGACGAAGACACGAUGAGUGGCGUGGAAACGCCCGUGGGUAAGGUCGACGACAAUGGCUACGAGGCGGACAAGAGCUUUUGUAGCAGUCCCAUGAUGUCGAGUCCAAUGAUAUCGCCGAAACGGAAAAAGCUGUCGGAAGAGAUUUUGAAGGAACGUCUGAAUCUGGAACGACCAAAGAUUUGUAUCCAGAACUCGGUGGACAGCAACACGGCUUCAGAAGAGCGAACCCCAACCGCUUCACCCUCCUACUCGACCAAGAAGCGGCGACGACGAAAACUGUCGCAAAUCUCGUUUGAACACACGAGCUACCCCAACGAACUUCGCUUUAUAACAAGGUUGACAUCGGGUUCGGAUGAGGAGAAUACAACGACUAACUUUCCAUAUUUUACUCGCCAACGUGCCCCCAGUCACCCGGCUAUGCUGCAGGCCGAGGAACGGGUGAAUGUGGCCAAAUUGUGUAGUUCUGUUUCGAUGGACACGGCCUUGAAUGUGUGGCCGCGACAAGAGGCCGAUAACGAGGUUAUCGAGAUGGAGGAUCUCACCCCGAGGACUGAGGUUCUGCCCGAAAUUCGAUGA